AUGGCAUUCCUAUUUAACCGCGCCAGGUCACGGCAACCUGCUGAGGUCGCGCGGUCAAUAAAGGACCUUCUAUCACGCCUGUGGGGAAACCCGAAUGGCGGCUCAAAGGUGGAGGAAGAUCUAGCCAAGCAAUUGGCUCAUAUGAAAUUGAUUGUUCAGGGGACACAGGAAGUCGAUACCCUCCCCGAACAAGUACAGCAAUUGAUACAAGCAGUCAUCCAAGAUGACCUGCUCUACGAACUAGCCCAAAGUAUCCGCCAUCUGCCAUUCGAGGCAAGAAAAGAUACGCAAACCAUAUUCUCUCACAUCCUCCGAUUCAGACCCGCCGAUGCCAGCUCUGCGGAUCCCCCCGUCAUAUCCUAUAUCGUCCACAACCGGCCAGAGAUUAUUGCAGAGCUGUGUUGGGGUUAUGAAAAUCAUCGAAGCGCCAUGCCCUGUGGAUCUAUACUGCGAGAGGCCUUAAAGUUCGAGGUCAUUGCUGCCAUUGUUCUCUACGACGAAUCAGCCAGAGAUGAGCCUGCCAUCCGGAUCAACGAGGUCGACCCGAGUGCGAAGCAAACGGGAGAAGGGCUCUUUUGGCAGUUUUUCCAAUGGAUCAACCGUGGCAGCUUUGAAAUCAGUGCCGAUGCAUUUACUACAUUUCGGGAUAUCCUUACGAAACAUAAAGGCCUGGUGUCGCAAUACUUAUUAUCCAAUUUCGAGCUUUUCUUCAGCAAAUACAAUAGCAUUCUUGUCCAGUCAGACUCAUACGUGACGAAGCGACAAAGUAUUAAGCUGCUAGGGGAGAUCCUCCUAGAUCGAGCGAAUUAUAAUGUCAUGACCAAAUAUGUUGACCGCGGAGAUCACCUCAAGCUGUGCAUGAACCUGUUGAGAGAUGAUCGCAAAAUGGUUCAAUAUGAAGGUUUCCAUAUUUUCAAGGUCUUUGUUGCAAACCCUAACAAGUCUGUCGCCGUCCAGAGAAUCCUCAUCAACAACCGGGACCGGCUGUUAAAAUUCCUCCCCAAGUUCUUGGAGGACAGGACUGAUGAUGAUCAGUUUACGGAUGAGAAGAGUUUCCUCCUUCGACAGAUUGAAAUUCUGCCGCCGGAGCCCACUGAUCCGAGGCAGGGACAAGGCGAUAAUAGCAAUAAUAAUUCUUUGAAUGGAUCCGGUUCAGGAUCUGGAGCAGGCACAGCUGCAGCAGCUUAA